AGUACCUAUUUAAGGUACAGAUGGUACAGUGCUGGACAAAAGAUUACGGAACACGCUCUGGUGCAUUCCUUCCUCAGAGUAACACACUAGCAGCGAAUGGUAACGUGCGGGCUUUCAAACAGGUGUCUGGGUCACCUAGGCAUAUGUCUGUAAGUCUGUAUAGGCUCCGUGCACUAGUUAGGUGGCGCUUCGAAAAGUUUCUAGUGUCGCCCCCUGGUGCGGCGCAUGUGAAAAGCUGGAGUGAGAUAAGUGAGAGAACGUGCGGGACGAAGCCAACGAAGCGAAGACGGCGAAGACUCUCCUUGUAGGCUGUAGUUAGCCGUUUCUUUCGUUCCGUUCCUGCGUAUUGUGUGCGACGGAUACGUGCUACACGGUCUGCGAUGGCGCAGUUACGUAUACGGUGCGGUUUUAAGCCCAUCUCAGGGGGCGAAGCGUAUUUCAGAGGCAGUAACCAAGAUAAAGGUAGACUUCUGUACGAGUCCGACCAUGUGUCGAACGUGGAAGAGGUUGUCUCCGAGGGAAAUACGACUGUUUCAGGGAAGUGUGUCGCACAAACGAGCAAGACAGUCUACAACGUCACCGUAAAUAUAGAUUCAGCUACACGGACUAUCGCAAGUGCAAAAUGCCCAUGUAAAGCAGGAGUCAUCGGGAAGUGCAAACACGCCGCUGCACUUGUGGCGUUCGUUAACUGCUGCACAUUCCACUCAAGCACUUCAAUGCCUCAGCAGUGGGGACGGCCUCCAACUUCGACGCUUGAUAAAAAGCACAGAUUAAGUGAAUUGUAUCCAGGUGGUACACAGCAAGGAAACUGAGAAUCUCAAGUUCGACAGCGCACAGAGUUUGGACAAGGCGCUCCAAUCAUGACUCACUGGCAGUCUCUCUACUGGCAUCAAAAAACUUAAGGACAGCUGCCAUCACAUACGGUUGGUUCAUACUGGAUGGCUACCAAUAUAUAUUUGCUAAUUGCUCUUGUUGUC